CCAUCAUUCAUUUCCAUGGGUUUUUCCCGAAACUCUACCGCAAUUUCUUCUUACUCUGAGCGAUGCCAGAAGCGUACAGAAAAAGCUUGGUUGGGUGUGACCCGCUGUCAGUCGGGCGGAGGACGUCAAGGUGCUUCGUUCUCUGUAGAUUCCGCUUUGGUGCAGAAGAGACCUGGACGCUUGUUGGACAACAAAAUGCCGGCUAGAAAUAAGGAACAGGAGGCUGAGGUACUCCAGUGGAUCGAGGAUGUGACUGGGGAAAAGCUGCCGUCUCAGCCAUACGAAGAUGUGUUGCGGGAUGGGGUCAUCCUCUGUAACCUCAUAAACAAAAUAGCGCCUGGAUCUGUCAAAAAGAUACAGACCAAGGGUACCAACUUCCAGCUCAUGGAAAAUAUACAAAGGUUCCAAGCUGCGCUGAAGAAGUACGGUGUGCCAGAGGAGGAGAUAUUCCAAACAGCUGAUUUGUUUGAGAGAAGGAACAUCCCUCAAGUCACUCUGUGCCUGUACGCACUCGGCAGACUGACUCAGAAACAUCCUGAAUAUACUGGACCAAGACUUGGGCCCAAAAUGGCCGACGAAAACAAAAGAGCGUUUACAGAGGAGCAGCUGCGAGCUUCCGAAGGCGAAGUUAAUCUGCAGAUGGGGUUCAACAAGGGAGCUUCUCAGUCCGGACAUGGCGGCUUCGGGAACACAAGACACAUGUAAACUGCAGAGACACAGGACCGAAGAAUGACUUCCGAGCGCGGAGCAAAUUGCACACAAAUUAUAAUGUUAGUUAGCAUCUUUCACAUGAACAAAUAUCCUAAUGCUAAUUUAACAAUUUACAAUAUGGACACCAAGUAAAAUUUUUUUACAAACUUGAGAUUGAAAUAGAAUAAAGCCAUUAUUAUUCUUAAGUAGCUCAAAAAUUGUACUAGUGGCUGAAAUAAAAUUCAGAAAGAUGAAAACUCCA